AUGGCCCGUACUAAGCAAACCGCUCGCAAGUCCACUGGUGGUAAGGCCCCCCGUAAGCAGCUCGCCACUAAGGCUGCUCGCAAGAGUGCUCCCAGCACUGGAGGAGUCAAGAAGCCUCACAGAUACAGACCCGGUACCGUCGCUCUUCGUGAAAUCCGUCGUUACCAAAAGUCCACUGAGCUUUUGAUCCGCAAGCUUCCUUUCCAACGUCUUGUUCGUGAAAUCGCUCAAGAUUUCAAGACUGAUCUUCGUUUCCAAUCUUCCGCUAUCGGUGCUCUUCAGGAAGCCUCCGAAGCUUACCUCGUUGCCCUCUUCGAAGAUACCAACUUGGCUGCCAUUCACGCCAAGCGUGUCACUAUCCAACCCAAGGAUAUCCAGCUCGCUCGUCGCCUCCGUGGAGAGCGCUCUUAA